AUGCCCCAAAAAUUCCAGAACGUAGACCUGCCGGAGUCGUUUUCCCGCGAGCUGCGUUCCCUGUUGGAGGGUCUCCUGCAGCGCGACAUCAGUAAACGGCUCGGCUGCGGGGGCGAGGGCGCCGACGAGCUCAAGGCGCAUUCCUUCUUCGCUGGCAUCGACUGGCAGCAGGUCUACCUGCAAAAGUACACCCCGCCCCUCAUACCGCCCCGAGGCGAGGUGAACGCCGCCGACGCCUUCGACAUUGGCUCGUUCGACGAGGAGGACACCAAGGGCAUCAAACUCACGGACGCCGAUCAGGAUCUUUACAAGAACUUUCCGCUCGUCAUUUCGGAGAGAUGGCAGGCCGAGGUCGCCGAGACUGUGUUCGAGACCAUCAACAACGAGGCUGAUAAGGUGGAAAUGAAAAAGAGGGCGAAAAAACUCAAAUUCGACACGGACGAGAAAGGUUCAGACUGUAUAUUACACGGAUACAUGAGGAAACUCGGAGGGCCGUUCGCGAGCGCUUGGCAGACCCGGUACGCCAAACUUUAUCCCAAUCGGUUGGAGCUACAUUCUGAAUCGUCCACCACGAAAACCGAGUUGUUCUUCUUUGAUCAGGUCGAGGAGGUCAGUCCGGACUUGCAGACAGUCAAAGGGGAACAGUGCAUCAUCAUCUCCCUGCGAGUCAAAGAGGAACAAAAGAGCAAACUCGUACUGACGAAUCCUGACGAAAUAAGCCUAAAAGAGUGGUCGAUCUCGCUACGCUCGGCGCACAAGGCCUCGAUCGAGAUGUUGGGCAACAUGGCGCGCAAAGCCGGCAAAAUCUACGGCACCCAGCACGACACCGUCAUACCCGCGACGCAACGCUCGACCAACGGCAACUAGCCCGCGCCAGCAGCCCACCACCACCGCCACGACAACCACUCCGCCUCGUCCUCCUCCACCUCGUCGACGCUAUCUCUGACCUCGUCGUCCUUUUAAUCGAGAGCCCACUGCCCCGUACACAUACUGUUUAGCAGUAGCGUGUACAAACACCUACGAGACCCAACCUUUUUUUAUACCGAUCGAGGACGAUGACUAUUACGCCGACAUUCGAGAUCGCGUUCUCGAAUAAACAAAGCGAUGGAGUGCGAUCAUUGGAUAUUUGUAUUUAAGUAGGCUUAUCGAGGCGCCGUUUUUUUUAAAUAACGAACGUUCAAACGUGCAACCGUUGUUUAGCCAUACUUAAGAAUGUUAGGUAUAUACUUGAUAAUAUAUAUAUACAUAUAUGUGUAUUGUCGCUCUCUCUCUCUCUAUCUCUCCGUUGACUUGAUUCUCAAGCGAAAUGUAGGCUGUCGAAAGUUUUUUUUUUUUAGAUUUUCAACCGAAACAUAUAUAUAUAUGCAUGUGACAAGCCAUUGUUGCUCACAAUAUUGUUUAUUUCGGAAACUAAACGACGAGUUUCGUAAGGUCCGUUGGUCUAGACAAGUAUUGCAGGAAACGUAUAUUUCGGAAGUGACUUCAGGUACUCUGUUUUGGAAACGCAAGCAAACGGUUCGAAAAGUGAAUGAGAAAUAACUUUACUCGUAUCUGUAGUCCGUACAAGCUCUCGAGUCAUUAGAUAUGUGUGUGCGUGUGUGGGUAUUGAGAAUAAAUUUUGUAAAUAGAUUUUCGUGAAGGAGAGCUCGAGACUUGUUUUCAAAUGUUAACCAUGCGGUUGGUUUGUUACUUCUUUUCCCCCGAGGAUACGUUUGUAAAGCAGCUAAAACAAUUAGUUCAGAUACCCAUAGCUCUCGCAGCCCUCAGGCCAAAAGUGUGGUUUUCGGCUCGCAGCAUGGAGUUUUUCCGGCCAGGGUGAGGCUAAAACUCUCUCUCUCUCUCUCUCUCUCUUAUGCGCAAACGCCACGGGAGUUAUAAAAAAAAAAAAAAAAAAAAAAAAAGGAAUGUCUUAGAUCACACGUUCGAAAACUGAGACUUGUUCCUUACUUUUGUUAAAUAUGUAC